AUGGAAGCGGUCCUUGAGCAGUCCAUUCCAGAAGCACCCGCAGAGGCUACCGAGGUCGUCGUACAGCCUUCAUCCGCUCUUCAAAUCGACCCAAGCCUCAUCGACCCCACCCUCUCCGUCGCCCCACCCCUGACCGAUGUACCUUCCACGUCUCCCUCGGUCCAACAUCCCCAGGAUGCCGCACAAGAGCCCGUCGCACCCGUAGAAGCCCCCGCAGCCAAUGGCGACGAAAUAGUCAUUGACGACGACGAGGGCGCAGCUCAGGCUUCCACCAAAGCCACCGAGGCCUCCACGCAGCCCCUCGAAAGCUCUGUCCCUGCGGUAUCCCUACAAACGCCCGCUCCCGCAGCUGCCGCGGCCGAGCUCAUCGGCGGUCCUCCCCUCCCCGAAGGACUGACUUCUGCUUCGCCGAGCGUCGCCUCCAACCCAGACAUCAUCCAGGACUGGCAAAGAUUAGACCCCUCCAAUCCCCAAGUCCUACUAGCGCUGUUUGACUGGUCCAUCCAGCGCUCAGAAAUCAUCGACGCUCGCGGCUGGUACGCCGCUAUCGCCAAAGAAAACCCCACAGCUUCACAACCCCUCCUCGCCCUCAUCAAUCUCGAAUCCUCCCUGACCAACUUUUCCCAAGUCGAAGUCCUCUUCGGCCAAGCCCUCAAAGGCCCGUCCGGCGGCAUCACCGCCUCCGCCGACGUCAACAUCUGGAAGGCGUACCUCCACUACAUCAGGCGGCAGAACCCACUCGGCCUGGGCACGCCAGAAGAAGAGUCCAAGCGGCGGGUCAUCACCGAGGCGUACGAGUUUGCACUCAAGCAGUGCGGAGUGGACAGGGAGGCAGGCGAUAUCUGGGGAGAGUACAUUGCUUUCGUAGCAGAUGCCAAGCCGAAAAACACUUGGGAUACCCAAACCCAGCAGGAUAGUCUGCGAAAGAUCUACCAGCGGGCGAUAUGUAUCCCGCUCAAUAACGUCGAGGUGCUUUGGAAGGGAUACGACGCGUUCGAGUCGAGCGUCAACAAGCAGACUUCCAAAAAAUUCCUGGCGGAACGAUCACCCGCCUAUAUGACGGCCCGCACGGCCCUCCGAGAACUUCGCAGCCUGACCGACGUCCUGCCUCACCCCAUCAUACCGCCCACACCGACAUUCUCCGACAGCGACAGGCAACUCGUCAACAGCUGGAAGGCGUAUCUCAAAUGGGAAGAGGGGAAUCCGCUCGUCAUCGCCGACCCGGAAACUCUAGCCGGUCGGAUUGGGUAUGCCAUGCGGAGAUGUCUAGCCGAGAUGCGGCACUUUCCAGAGUUGUGGCAUUACGCAGGAAAUCACUAUAUCAAGGAGCAGAAGACCAACGAGGCGGCAGAAGUGCUCAACGCUGGCGUAGUCGCUUGUCCCAAAAGUAUCCUCCUCACAUUUGCCACCGCCGAGAUUGAAGAAGAUCGCAAGCUCUUCUCCGAGGCCCACGCCCUCUUUACAAACCUCCUCGACCAGCUCGCACACGACAUGGACGCGCUCAACGACCGGAUCGCCCAAGAAGUCAUUGCUGCCAAGGGGCCCGAAAUCCCCCGGCCUGCAACAGACGGAAUGGACAUUGAUGGUGAGGGGCCAAUGGCGGUCUAUAACCGGGUGAUGGAUGAGCGAGAAGAGCGGGGACGGCUUGUCAGUGAGCGGAGGGGGAAGGAAGCGGACGAGCUCCGGAAUGCGAUGGGCGUGGUUUGGGUCAUGUAUAUGCGGUAUGCCAGGCGGGCCGAGGGGAUCAAGGGCGCCCGAGCCAUCUUUGCGAAAGCGCGCAAAUCGCCUCAUGUCACUUGGCAUAUUUACGAAGCUUCCGCGCUCAUGGAGUACCACGUCAACAAAGACUCGGGCGUCGCUAUUCGGAUAUUCGAGCUCGGCUUCAAGCUCUUUUCGGACGACGUCGACUAUGUCAUCAAGUAUCUCCAGUUCCUGCUGAAUGUUAAUGACGAUACAAAUGCGCGAGCCCUGUUUGAGAGAUCUACGCUCAAAAUCCCGGCGGACAAGGCAAAGCCGCUCUGGGAGGCCUGGGCAAAGUACGAGUACAUGUAUGGUGAUCUCGGUGCGGUACAAAAGUUGGAAUCGAGAUUCUCCGAGACCUUCCCAGGAGAUUCACCUUUGAAGCGCUUCGCCCAGCGAUACACGUACAACGGGAUGGAUCAGAUAGCCCGCCGCGACCUUGGCUUUGGCUCUCCCCGCCCACAGCCCGCCGCCGCACCGCAAGCACCUUUCCUUCCGCCUCCUGUACAAAACAUGCCCCCGCCAACUAUGGCAAUCGCCCCCCCUCCGGCACAAACCAUAUCCCACCCGCUCCCCCCACGCUCGCACUCCCCAUCUCGGAAUGGGAACGGCGAUUUCGGCGGCAACAAGCGAUAUCGCCCCAACUCGCCUCCCCCGCCCAGACGCUUCGAUCCGGGACCUAUCGCACCGCCCGCCAAGGGUCGAGGAUAUCUGCCGCCACCUGGAGGAGACCGUCCGCCUGUACACAUGGGGCCCGGCCCGGGACCGGGGUAUGGUGGUGCCCCUCCAAGACAUGCCAGUGGGAAUGGGAUCCCGCCCCCUCCUGGAGGGUACGGCGGUCCCGGGCCUAUGCCGCCCAGAGACGGAUGGGAUCGGUCAGGCGUCAGCAAGGGAGUCGCGUGGUUUGUCGGGCAGCUGCCUACUGCUAGGUCGUUCGAUGUAGGACCCGUGUUUAGGCCCGACGACAUUAUGGGCCUGUUCUCGAAUAUUGGACCGGAUGGGUUGAGGCUGCCUGGUGGAGGUCCGGGGCCGGCGGGUUCGGGAUAUGGGCCGCCCAUGGGCGGUGGAAAUGGGUAUGCUGAGCGUGAGUACCGCUCAUACCUAUACAGGGUUGAGUCAGGCUGA